ACACACUCCACGUUCAUAUAUACUCGUACUCGUACUCCAACUCGUACUCGUAAUAGAUGGAGAAUCACCAGUCGAUUUCAGCACUCCUUCUGUUAUUAAUCUUAAUGGGAGGGCUAUCGCAAUCGCAGGCCUGGAAAGAUCAGAGGGAAGACGAUGACACCUCAGACGAUGAGACGAUCAUGGAGCGUCGCUGGCAGAUUGGCUACGAGCAGUAUCGCAUUCUCUGCGAGAAGUUUGAGGAGAAGAAGAAGGACACAUCUCCAGUGAGCACUCGCAUCGCUGGCGGAGAGCUGGCCGACGGAGGAAUGUUCCCCCAUCAAGUGGGUAUCAUCGUGCAACUGAGUAAUGGCGAUCUCAUACAGUGUGGGGGCUCCCUCGUCACUCUCCAGUUCGUUUUGACGGCUGCCCAUUGCCUGACGGAUGCCGUCAGUGCCAGGGUUUAUCUGGGGGUCAUUCAGUUGGCUGAAAGGGGAGGGGCCGCAGAAGAGUUUCUCGUGUCGCACCAGGAUUUCAGGGUCUAUCCGGGAUACUUGGGCUUCGGGGCAUACAAUGAUCUGGCAUUGAUUCGCCUGCCCAGGAAGGCCAUCCCCUCAGACCGAGUGCAAACCAUCGCCCUGGCGGGGGAUUUUAUGCAACAAAAGUUCGUUGAGGGGCAGCCAGCUACCGUUUCGGGCUGGGGCAGCUUAGGGGACUCGGCCGUGGAAAGAACCCGACUGCUCCACUAUCUGGAUGUGGAGGUGCUCGACCAGGAGCGAUGCAUGUGCUCCUUCCUGCCCGGAUUGGUUAGCACGCGGCGACACCUGUGCACCGAUGGACGGGGCGGACGUGGCGCCUGCCAGGGCGAUUCCGGAGGCCCCCUGGUCUACCAGUGGCACAAUGUCAGCUACCUGAUUGGAGUAACCUCGUUCGGGAGCAUUGGGGGCUGUGAGCUGGGUGCCCCGACUGUCUACACCAGGAUAACCGCAUAUUUGCCAUGGAUCCGACAGCAAACGGGAAUGACCAACUAAAUGCAAUUAACGCCUAAUUGUCGGCCAUUAAUUGCUAAACAAUAUAGUCGAGCGGGCGGACCAGACAGACAAUAAAACCAAUUUGAGCAGCAGAAAGCCACACAAUGAAAUGGAGUCAGCAGCCAGCAGUGGACCGGAGGGAGACCUCUCUUUGGUUAGGUGAAAAUGGUAUUUUUUACGAGUACAAGGGGGCUGCUUUUCGCCCUUUGAGUGGAAUGGAAAUUGUAUCGGAUAAAUAACAAUAACAUCAGAAUUUCUGUAGCCAAUUUGGCAGUAAGAAUACAACCCAAUAAAGGGGGCCAAUAAAGAAGCAUUCUGAUGAAUGAAAUUCCAAUGAAUUCAAUGUUGAAA